AUGAAGUUGAACCUGAACCUCUUGCUCAGUAUCUCGCUCUUGUUUGUUCUUUCAAUCCAUGCGGUGGAUGCCGCUUCUGAAUUUCUGGCGCCAGUAGCCCAAAAGCAUUUAGACACAUAUUGUAAACACCUCGGCAACUCAUGCUCGUCAUUUGAAGAUUGCGAGUAUAAGUUUACUCAAAGCCGUUGCUGUUACCAAGGAUCCUGCUAUCGGGCAUCAUCGAUGACAACUUCCUCCUGGGCGGAUUUACUUAGUCUGGCAUGGAGCUGGAGCUUUGACAACAACUUGGAAUCACAUCAACUUGACAGCUUGACACAACGACUAGUACCAGACUUGGAGCAGCCAUCACAUGGUCGAGCCAUAUCAGAAAGCGGCAAGAAUCCUUAUGAGCGCAACAUGGAAACCUACUUGAACGUCCCUGACGUCAUGUCGCAUAUGGGUGCAAUGAUGGACUCGGCAGCCAAUUCAGCGUACGCACAUGAUUGGAUGCGUCCUUAUGUUGAUGAAAUUGCACCCCUCUUGGAAGAUGGAAUCCGCAUUCUUAUUUACGCUGGUGACGCUGAUUUUACCUGCAAUUGGAUGGGCAACAAGGCUUGGGUCAUUGGAUUGCCUUGGAGUGGUCACGAGGAAUUUGCAGCUGCCGAGGAUACGCCAUGGUUCUCUACCACUGCAAAUGAGCAAGGUGGUCAUGUGGUGCCCAUGGAUCGUGGUGAUUAUGCCAUUGACAUGCUAAACAACUGGCUGCACGAAGAGCUUGUUUAA